CUUACCGCCAGUGCUCUUAGCUACCUUCAUUACCUUUACAAGAAACUGUAUAAGAGCACAGCGGUUACGUCUUUGUUGUGCAGUAAAUUACCAACUUCCUACACUUCGCCUGCCACUUUCCCUACAACAAGCACAAUGGUCAUCAAAAAGCGAUCCCUCCUUUGGGACUACACCAACACCAACAACCUAGCCGGUAGGAUGGACACCGUCAAUUUUGAUGGCCCAAUAUCUUCGGUCUCCAAUUGGAAUGCAUGGGUUCCACCAGAGCUCAAGGGCCGCGCUCCCUUCCGUCCCAUGAUCCAUCUCGAGCGCGAACUCAAUGGCAACGAAUGGCAGUGGAUUCUAGACUCUGAUCAACCGAUCAUCCACUUCUUCAACGAGCCAGAGAGGAACGGCAUCAGCCCACAGAAGGCGGCUGAUUACUGGCACAACCAGGUGAUCCCUGCUCUCCGCAACGACCGACACAAACAGCUCGUCUCGCCGUCUUGCGCUUCCGACCCAGCAGGACAGCAAUGGAUUGCAGAUUUCAUGAACCUUGUGGGGGACGCUCGUCCUGAUUAUCUUGGGCUGCACUGGUAUGGCGUCGAAGCGUCGGAGUGCCAGCAGUUCAUCUCUUCGAUGCACGACAAGUUUGGUCUGCCAGUUAUUGUGUCCGAGAUCGCCAGUAUUGACAGGAACUACGACAGUGUGCACGCUUUCACACGCGAUAUGUGCAACUGGAUGGAUGGUGUUGACUGGAUCUUCGAGUACGCGUUCUUUGGCUGCAUGCAGAAUAUGCCGGAUGACUUUGUGAGCCCUGCGGCGCGGCUGAUGGACGAAGGGGGCAAUUUCACUGACUUGAUGUGGAAAUACAUGAGCGACCAGCCGAUGUUCUGAGGGGGUACGGUAAUUGUUGAGGGGCGUACCAUCCUAUAUAUUCUCGUAUUAGUCUCGUAUUCAUGAUCUGUCAUUUUGUCG